AUGGCCCCCACCCAUGGAAGCUUCUGGCAGUUUCAAAGGAUGGUCAAACACAUCACAGGGCAGAGAGCCUUCUUCUCAAAUUAUGGAUACGGCUGCUACUGCGGGCCUGGGGGCGUAGGGGUCCCCAUGGAUGACACUGCCAGGUGCUGCCUGGCCCCCAACUGCUGCUGCGAGAAACUGAAGCAGCUCAGCUGCCAGCUGGUGUUGAACGGCUACCGGUUCCGCGUGGCCAACGGGACCGUGAUCUUUGAAUGCGCCCUUGGUCCUGGUGUCGGCUGCCUCUGUGGGCUAAGAGCCUGCAAGUGUGACACGCAAUCCGCUUCAAAGAGAACCUGCCCAAACUUCAAGCGGUUCUUCUCCAGCUGGCCCCGCUGCGGCAGGAGCAAACUCCCAUGCUAG